GUGUUUAUAGAGGGAAAGUUGAGCAUCGAGUCUUCAGAAAGGAAUCCGAAAAGCAGGUAAAUUUCCAAGUACCAGAGUAUUGCUUUAUUUCUUAUUUUCAACUUGAUUUUUAUCCUGUGAGACUAAUCAGCGGCAGGCUAGGACCGCUCUAGAAAAUGAUUUUGCAUUAUUUGUAAAAACAAAACACACACAUUUUGUGGAUUUUAUACUCAUCAUCUUUUUCAACUCGUGUUUUGAAUACCACCUAAAAAUGGCGCCAAAGGCUUGAUUGAAAUUCUACUUUUCUUCCUUUAGUGUGGUAAUGGAAUGGACAAACAACCACGACCUUGCUCUUGCUCGGGAGGUUUUGUUAUUGGAACCUUUUCGUCUAAAGGCGAGGACAGUUGAAAGAGGAAAAGUGUGGCAGACAAUAGCGGACAACCUGAAUUCGCACGCUACAUUGAGGUUUCUUGUCACAAAGAAAUCGGUGAGGGAGCAUCUUAAGCUUUUACUGGACAAGUAUCGCGCAAGAAUGCAGAAGGAACGGAGAGAUAGUGGAGUGGAAGUAGAGCAAACAGAGCUGGACCAAGCCCUCGAGGAGAUCAACGAGAAGUGGGAAGCAGCGGAUGAACAAGAUAUAUUGUUGCUGAAUAACAGGAAAAAGACAGAGGAAGACAGGGCGAUGGGAGAGGAGGUCCGAAAGAAGGCGUGCGAAAAGCUGGGUGAAACGAUGAAACGGAAAGGAGAAGGUGAGGGUUCGUCAGAGCCGAAGAAGAAAAGGUCAAGAAAGGGUGGAAAUGACACAAUAGAGUUUCUGAGGGAAAAGGCAAACAUUGAUAUGGCAAUGAAACAAGAAGAACAGAAAGCGAGAAGGGAGGAGCACGAGCGGCAAACAAGGCUUUAUGAGCUAGCACUUGCUAAUCAACAACAGCAACAACAACAGAGCAAUCAACUCAUGAGUCUGAUGUUUGGCCUCAUGCAAAAAAUUGCAGAAAAAUAA